AGUUCUUAACCUGUUUAAAAGAAUACAGUGAUCUACUUUAUCGAACACCGCACUUAAAUCCAACAGUACUCAAACAGAAUCCAUAAAUAAUAACAAGUCAUUUACUACUCUUAACCAGGCUGAUUCAGUGCUAUGCUUGGAUCUAAAACCAGACUGAAAAGGAUCUUUCUGACCAUGUUAGCUUAUUUUUGGGACACUGAAAGCACAUGUGAUGUGUGUGAAUAUAAUUGAUGUCUGUGUCCUUGUCCUUGCAGGUUUGAGUCUCUUCAUCUGUCCUGAGUGUGUAAUUACAGCACGUCUGAUCUAGAGUACGGAUGCAGUGCUUCCACACACACAGAGAGCGCUGCUAUAGAUCUGAUCUUAAGCAUCACGGAGUCUAUACUGAAGAAGUCUCUGCUGGAGUUCUGCAUGAGUGAAGAGAAGCAGCGGUCCAAGAGAGGGUCCAAACACCCCAGGUCAAAGGGCAUGACCGGCGUCUGCUGCGAUGCUAUCAGGCCGACCCGGAGAGAGAGUGAGCUGAUGUGUUGUUCUUCUCUUGAACUGUGCCCUGAUGUGACAGUAACUCAUUGGUCCAGUGAGAGAGCGAGGGCUGGAGGACAGACAGAGAGAGGAAGCACUGCUGUGUGUUAAAGAGGUUCAGAGCGAUCAGAUCGAGUCAGAGAGCGGCAGCAUGCUCUCUUCAGGCGUGCGUCCACCGGCGCUCUCCACGGCCGUCCGCUCGCUGCAGAGGAGAAGCGGAGGAGCAGUGCGAGACUUCCAGGAGAUCCCUCACACCGGCAGCAACGGCUGGAUCAACCUGCUGCGCUUCUGGAAGGACGGGAGAUUCAGCCUGCUUCACAAGCACAUGGAGAACACCUUCAGACGCCUCGGACCCAUCUACAGGGAGUCUCUGGGCUCUCAGAGCAGCGUGAACAUCAUGCUGCCGACAGACAUCGGGGAGCUGUUCCGAUCCGAGGGUCUCCAUCCACGCCGCAUGACUCUGCAGCCCUGGGCCACACACCGAGAGAUACGCGGACACUGCAAGGGCGUCUUCCUAAAGAACGGGACGGAGUGGCGCUCCGACAGACUGCUGUUGAACAAGGAGGUGAUGGUGGCUUCAGCCGUACGCCGCUUCCUUCCGCUGCUGGACGACGUGGCGCAGGAUUUCUGCCGUUCACUGCGACAGCGGGUGGAGACGGAGGGCGUGGGGGACACGGAUCAGCGCAGUAUGACCCUUGACCCCAGUCCUGAGCUCUUCCGCUUUGCCCUGGAAGCGAGCUGUCAUGUUCUGUACGGCGAGCGGAUCGGCCUGUUCUCGUCGUCUCCGUCUGAAGAGUCGGAGCGCUUCAUCUGGGCCGUUGAGCGCAUGCUAGCCACGACGCCGCCGCUGCUGUAUCUGCCUCCACGACUGCUGCUGGCCCUCCACGCCCCCCUCUGGACAGAGCACGCCACUGCAUGGGACCACAUCUUCAGCCACGCGGAGGCACGUAUCCAGCGCGGGUUCCAGCGUCUGCAGACGGCGGUGGGCGGAGCCUCUGAUGGGCGGAUCCUGGGUGUGCUGGGUCAGCUGAUGGAGGCGGGACAGUUAUCAUCAGAGCUGAUCAAAGCUAACAUCACUGAACUGAUGGCCGGCGGAGUCGAUACGACCGCCGUCCCGCUGCAGUUCGCUCUCUUCGAGUUAGCGAGGAACCCUGAUGUGCAGGAGCGGGUGCGAGCACAGGUGCUGUCGUCAUGGGAACAGGCGUCAGGGGACCCCCAGAAGGCCCUGCAGGGGGCGCCGCUGCUGAAGGGAGCCGUGAAGGAGACGCUCAGGCUGUAUCCCGUAGGAAUCACCGUCCAGCGCUAUCCGGUCCGAGACAUCGUCCUGCAGAACUACCACGUGCCAGCAGGGACGCUGGUGCAGGUGUGUCUGUAUCCUCUGGGUCGCAGUCCUGAGGUGUUUGAGGGUCCGGAGCGCUUCGAACCGAGCCGCUGGGCCGCUUCUGGAGAAGGCUUUCGCUCGCUGGCGUUCGGCUUCGGAUCCAGACAGUGUGUCGGCCGGAGGAUCGCAGAGAACGAGAUGCAGCUGCUGUUACUACACAUUCUGAGGAACUUCAGACUGACGGUUUCAUCCACAGAAGAGCUGAACACCAAAUACACUCUCAUUCUGCAGCCAGAGUCUCCUCCCAGAAUCACCUUCACCACACGCUCUCUAUAAACCACUUAUUAUUAUUUAUGGAAUAUUGCAGUGUUUAUUAUAAAUUAUUUAUCUGUGCUCAUCAUUUUAAGUUGAAUAUGGUAAAAAUGUAACAAAUCACAUUAAGAAUUGUAAACGUUU